GCUUUGUUUAUGAAUUUUUCUCUGUAAGUUCUCGGUAGGUGAAAAAACCCACAAUCGUCUCGUGGAUUCCCCGAGCGACGAAUUAAAAUAAUUAAAAAGAAGUGCAAGAAGACGAAUUGGCUUAAUUAGAAUUCCGGCGAAGAUUCGCAGGGAUUUCUCAGGAUUAAAUGUUUCGGUGGUUAGAGAAAAGCUGCCGUCGACCGAACGGAAGGAUAAAUUAUGUGAGGAAAUCCCCUGGACGACUCCCACGCACCGACGAAGACUUUUAUAAAAGCCGACAGAUUUCCACUGAAUUCCAUACAUAUUUCGCGUUGCGCGUACACUCAUCUAUUAUAAUAACUGCAGUGCGGAGGUACGAAGAAAAGUGCAGGCGUUUUGACGCACUUCGGUGGGAUUCGAUUCGAAGUUUUCGGAUACGUUUCCGCGUAUCAUUUCCACUCCGCUCGCGACGAAACGUAUAAUUAACUAUUAUAAGCUGGUACACAACAUAGUAAGUCACUUAGUGUUUGCGUUGAGACGUCUCUCUAUAAAAGCGGCGGCCGGUGCCGACAACAACAACAAUACAAGAGCAGAUAUCGAAUCGCGAUGUCGUUCCAAGCCUUCUCCUUCACUGUCGCUCUGAUUUCAGCGCUGGCGAUCGCUCAAGGAGCUCGUGAAGUCAAGGAGAUAGUUUGCGUGCCGAUCACCAAAUGCCCUACGUACAUGAAGAUCCUGGAGAAUAAGCCGGUCAAGUUGGAGGUGUAUCAGCACAUCAAAUCCGCGGGUUGCGGCUUCGACGGUUUAAUCCAGAAGGUCUGGUGCCCCAACAUCGGGAUGAAAUCUCCAAUUGAGAAAGAGAAGCCGGACACUGUACCGAACAGGAGUCUUUUACCGAAAGACGAGUGCGGAAAGCAGGUGGCGGAUCGCAUCUUCGGUGGCACUAAAACCGAUUUGGAUGAGUUCCCUUGGUUGGCCCUCAUUCAGUAUCCGGAUAGAUCGACCGGAGGUUUGAUUGGAAGAUGCGGAGGUGCCUUGAUCACAGAUCGUUACGUCCUGACGGCUGCACAUUGCGUCACCUAUGGAAACAAACCGGUACAAGUUGUGCUGGGAGAGUACGAUAUUAACAAUAGCACGGAUUGCGUGGACAACGAGUGCGCGCCGGAUCCUAUAAUCGCCGGUGUCGAGAAGAUCGUGGUCCAUCCCGAAUGGUUGGUCAAAGAAAGGCCCUUCUUCCACGAUAUAGCCAUCAUCAGGUUGAAUAGAACUGUUAAAUUCAACGAUUUCGUGAGACCCAUCUGUUUGCCGCAGCAGGAUCGUCAGAUAAUGGCCGAUGAACCGUAUCAGGUUGCGGGUUGGGGACAGACGGAGACAGGCGUGAGAAGCAGCAUAAAACUGAAGGUAACCCUGACGUCGACCACUCCGAAGGAAUGUAAGAGGUUGCUGAAACGAGAAGUCGGGCCCGGACAGAUCUGCGCGGGCGGUAAAACAAUCGAAGAUACAUGCAAAGGCGAUUCGGGUGGACCUCUGAUGGCCAUAGAGAAUGGUACAGCAAUCUGGACGGCCGUGGGUUUGGUCUCCUUGGGAACGACGUACUGCGGCGACGGUUCCAUGCCCGCCAUCUACACGUUCAUCCCAACUACCUCAACUGGAUCUUACAAAACCUCUUACCUUAGCCUAACCAUCUCUCCUAGUUUAUUAUUAUCAUUAUCAUCAUUAUUAUUACUAAGUAUUAUUUAUUGUUUUAGUUAA